AUGUCUGAACUGCGGUCUAGUAGCAGUCAAGUUCCUGAAAAUUUCUCUCCAAACAUAUCUUCAAGAACUCGUGCAAAGCAGCGCUCUCAGGCUCUGCGAGUGCAAAAUGCAGCCUUUCUACUCAGAGUGCGCUCGGAGCUCCCUGAUGUCAACGACCAGGACUUGGACAUGUCAAACCACAUGCGUGCAGCUGAAUGUUUCUAUGAUGGCAUGGCAGACUCCCAGGCAAUCGAAGGAUUCUCCACACAACCGCAGCAGUUCCAGGAGCUCGAGAAAGUCAAGUUCAGGAUAUCACUACACACCAUGGAUAGCAACCAAAGUGUGACCUGUGUGGACCAGUCAUACUCCGAAUCGGAUUGUCGCCUAGACAUCUUCGACCGCAUCAAGGCUACGAUGGAUGUUCCAACCACAUAUGAACACUUGGCCUGGCGUUUAUCUGUUGCCCGCCACAAGGACCCACCCCAUCGCCUUCUGACAUCACAUGAUAUAGAUGAUGCGUUCAAAGUGGUGCGAACAGAACAGGGCUCUGGCAGGCGGAAGAAGAAAGUUGUGAUUGAAAUUAUCAACACCAUGCCUACACUGAAAGAAAGGCCGGUGAAACGCAGCCCCGAAUCUUCUGCGGCAGACGAGCAGAGCCUGUCAUCAGAUUGGACACGUGUCCAGGGACAAACUCUCUCGCUGCUCCAGAGGACCACCACCGAGAUUAUCUCUCCUAUCAUCCACAAUCACAUCCACGUUUCACCCACCAUCAGCGACACGGUAAUCUCUGAAGGAAGACAACAAGGAGAAUACCCGAUCAUGAGGCCCCAGCCACUCAAAAGGACAUAUGCCCUUUACAUGGAAAGUGAUGAAGAAUCUAGCGAUGACAAACCACCGCAAAUCAUCAAGGACUUCCUUACCAGUGUCCAUUCUCGCUAUUCUGCAAUGAACCUCUUACAAUACGCCAGUAAACUGAAGUAUCGUGGCAUAUUGUAUUUGCCAACCACAGCUGGGUUUGAUGUUGGAUUCUACCAGAACAAGGUUAUUGGCAUUGCAUGGGUGUUGGAAUGCAAGAAAUGUGGGGACAAGGGAGGCUGUUUGAGCGAUGAGAUGGGCUUAGGGAAGAUGGUGCAGAUAAUCUCGGUGGUCGUCGCCAACCCCUCCAAUGACCCUAUAUGCAAGACGAACCUUAUCGUUGCUCCGUUGGCCUUACUGGACCAAGGGAAGCUUAAGAUCGAGAUGAAGAUCACCAACAAUUUGAAGUGUCUAGAUUACCAUGGCUCCAACAAACCUCGCAAGAAGACCGACUUGAUGAGAUAUGACAUCGUAUUAACUACUUAUCAUACUCUUGCACUGGAAUGGCCAGAUGUGGAGGCGGAAGAAAAAGCCAAGCAGAACGGCUUUGAACAUCCCACUAAAAAGGCUCGGGAGCGGCUGCUCGUUUCGCGUACCGGUGUUAAUCGUGUUGAUCCGAACCACGUCAAAACUCACGAAGACUAA